AUGGCAGAAAAGACGAUGCGUGCCGUCGUUCUCAAAGGACCUAAAAAGGUCGUGGUCGAGGACCGCCCAGCUCCCACGCUACAAGAUGAAACCGAUAUUAUUGUUAAAGUCACAUCUUCGGGUCUUUGCGGUUCUGAUCUCCAUUGGUAUCGAGGCAGCCUCGAAACGCCAGCCGAGUUCGUAAUUGGCCAUGAAGUUGUCGGUACAGUAUUAGAGAAAGGUCCAGGGGUCAAGACCUUGCACCUCGGAGAUAAAGUCGUGAUUCCUUUUAGUACAGCAUGCUCAUCGUGCUACUAUUGCAAAUUGGGGAAAUCCGGCCGCUGUACAGAAGGCUUGAUGCUGGGACUGCCCGGUCAGCUUGAAGGUGGUCAAGCGGAAUACGUGAGGGUUCCCCUGGCAGAUACAACUGCAGUCCGGGCACCAGACACAAUUCCUGAACAGAUGCUCGUCCUGAUGGCCGAUAUAAUGCCCACAGGCUAUUUCGCCGCCUCAAGGUUCCUGAAAGACCUACCAGCAAAUCGGCGGGACGAAAUGACCGCCGUCGUUAUUGGCUGUGGUCCAGUCGGGAUAUGUGCGAUUGCGACGGCCUUAACUCUGGUUAAAAAGGUCUUUUCGAUAGAUUCGGUGCCGGAUCGCCUUGCAGAAGCCGAGAAGAUCGGUGCAAUUCCACUCCAUUUGGACGAGGAACCCGUAAAGAAGAUCAAAGCUGCCACAGAUGGACGAGGUGCUGAUGCGGUCAUGGAAGUCGUUGGUCAAACCGACGCUUUUAUGCUUGCACUCGACUUGGUCAGGCCCUAUGGUUCGAUCAGUUCUGUUGGAGUGCACACCAAAACCAUACCCAUCAGCGGUUUGACCUUGUACGCGAAAGCGGCGACGAUGGGUUUUGGCAGAUGUCCUGUCCGGAGCGUUUUUGAGGAUGCACUGAAGGUUCUCACCAAGCAACAAGAUAAACUUGCAUUCCUAUGUUCAAAGACAGCGCCGCUCGAAGAUGCUCCGCAAGCUUACGAGGACUUUGAAGCUCGGAAGGUCCAUAAGAUCGUGUUUGACCUGACUUAA